UGAAAAAUGCGACAAAUGUAAUUUUUUUGGUCGCUGAUAAAAGACUACCUAGAAUUUUUUGUGGAUGUGAAAGUCAGCCCUAUUGUCACCUUUUUUAUUUAUUGACUUUAGAUCAACAAGUAUCGUAAAGACUAUACUAGGACUUAAAUCGACUGGAUCAACUAAACUGAGAUGUGAAAGGGUUCACUGAUUUACUUAAAUCGUGAUCUGAUCUGCAAGUCGCCAAUUUUAGUUGAGUCGAUGAUCUACGGUGGACGUAUUAUGUGAUGCGUAUUAUCAAUCGUUAUCAAACAAAUGUUUCCUUUGUUUUUUUUUUAAUCUUUACUCUUAUUUUUUUUAAUUCGUAUUGGAUUUUGGACGAAUUACAUAACCAUAUGAUUUUGACAUUUAAUGUCAGAAUUACAAGAAUUUGACAGCAGCCAUGGUUUGGUUAUGAGGAAAAUCUUUAUUAUUUUGAAAUAUAAAUGAUUAAAUGAAAAGUUUUAUAAGAUGAAUCGACUACUUUGUAUGAAUAAGUGUUUUUAUAAUUUAAGACAAAACCGAGUCGUUUCCUUGGCGCCGAGUUUACUGAAUGCGGCGAAAGUUAUACCCAAUGUUUGUGUUAGUCGUGGAAUGAGUAAUGAAAGGAAAAAAAUAAAAUCGACACUUAAUUAUAUGAUAGCGCUCGGUAUAGCCACUGUGGGCUUAAGUUACGCUGCAGUGCCGCUUUAUAGAAUAUUUUGUCAGGCAUACAGUUACGGUGGCACAACAGGGCAAGCGGAGCCCGCUGAGGCAGUCAGCAACAUGAAGGCAGUGCGGGAGCGGCCAAUUAAAGUGCGCUUCAAUGCUGAUGUUGCCUCUUCUAUGCAGUGGAAUUUUAAGCCACAACAAAAUGACAUAAUGGUGCUGCCAGGAGAGACAGCGCUGGCAUUCUAUACAGCGCGCAAUCCCACAGACAAGCCUGUAGUAGGCAUCAGCACAUACAAUGUCAUACCAUUUGAUGCUGGUCAAUACUUCAACAAGAUACAGUGCUUCUGCUUUGAGGAACAGAUGUUAAAUCCACACGAACAGGUGGACAUGCCAGUAUUCUUCUACAUUGACCCAGAGUUCACAGAGGACCCCAAGAUGGAGUAUGUUGAGGAAAUAGUGCUCUCUUACACAUUCUUUGAGGCUAAGGAAGGUGUCAAGCUGCCUGUGCCUACUUUUGUAAAGUGAAACAGUUGUACAAGAUAUAGUAAAUUCAAGACUAUGACAGUGAAAGUUUAGUUAAUUUGUGCAGUAUUUCAGAAAUAGGUUAUUUUAAGGCACAAACAAUGAACUAAGGACUUAAAACUUUUGUUUCAAUUUUUGUUGUAAUUGAAAAUUAAAUAAAAAUCUAUGUUUUUUAA